CCUCCUACCUGCGCAUGCGCGUGCGAUGCACCUUAUCCUGCGGGAGCCGUUUCAUCUGACAGACACAUUUAUUUUUAAAAUUAGCCGCAUAAACAUCACAAUUUUGAUAUGAUUGCCAUCGAAAUGGCUCACAGGAUCGACGAUGCGCCUUCCUGAGAUCUAAUUAUGACAGAAGAAGCGUUUUAAUCGGCGCGAGGAUCGAUGGAGACUUUAAUGUCAGAUUUGAACCGCUGAGGUGAAACUCUGAUGAAUAAUGCCUGGGAAGUUAAAGGCGAAGAUUGUUGCCGGGCGGCACCUGCCUGUCAUGGACCGUGCCAGCGAUCUCACAGACGCCUUUGUAGAGGUGAAGUUUGGAAACACAACAUUUAAGACGGAUGUGUACCCCAAAUCCCUGAAUCCUCAGUGGAAUUCAGAGUGGUUCAAAUUCGAGGUGGAUGAUGAGGAUUUGCAGGAUGAGCCGUUGCAGAUUACUGUUCUUGACCAUGACACAUACAGCGCUAAUGAUGCCAUAGGAAAGGUGUACAUCGACAUUGAUCCACUGCUCUGCAGUGAAGCUGCUACUGUCAUUUCUGGCUGGCUUCCCAUCUAUGACACUAUACAUGGUAUAAGAGGGGAAAUCAACGUUUUGGUGAAGGUGGAUCUCUUUAAUGACUUGAACCGCUUCAGACAGUCAUCAUGUGGGGUUAAAUUCUUCUGUACAACAUCCAUUCCCCGAUGUUACCGGGCCAUUAUGGUACAUGGCUUUGUAGAAGAGCUUGUGGUAAAUGAGGAUCCAGAGUAUCAGUGGAUCGACCGUAUCAGAACCCCUCGUGCGUCCAACGAGGCCAGACAGAGACUCAUCUUUCUCAUGUCAGGUGAAUUGCAGAGGAAGAUUGGUCUGAAGGUGCUGGAGAUGGGAGGGAAUGCAGUGGUGGGGUACCUACAGUGUUUUGACCUUGAAGGAGAAUCAGGCCUUGUGGUUCGUGCCAUUGGGACAGCCUGCACACUUGAGAAAAUCAGCACAUUCCCUGCCACAGCUACACACCCCAGCAACUCCUCUCCUUCAAAAGACAUGAAAGACUCUCCGCAGGCUGCUCCUUCCACUCUCGGAUGUCGUUCCACACACAGCAGUCCCGUUCACAGUGCGAGCAGUCGUCUUUCUCAGGGCUUCUCCGUUUCUGUGCCAACACUGCUGUUCGCCGGUAUGAAACCCAGACACAGGAGCUCAGAAGCCCCCAGAGCCAGGCAGUGUAGGCCAGUGUUUGGGGAGGAGGCCCCAGGGGUCCCAUUAUCCUCAGGACCCCCCACCCCUCUGAGAGCACAAACCUUCUCCUCCUUCUCCCCCUCCAAGUCCUACAGUCGCCAGUCCUCCUCCUCUGACACCGAGCUCAGCCUAACCCCCAAAACCGUGGGGAUAUUUCUGUGUCCCAGUGCUCCUGCCCUUGAGUAUGAAUCAUCUCCCCUCCCCUCUGCCCAUCUGCCCCUUCACUUACGGCCAAGGAUGGCUUCCAUGAGUUCAGCUCCUCCCCCACUCCAUGUCAGCCAAUCAGACUCCGCUAUGCUGAGAAAGAGUGUGUCUUUCAGUGAGGAACUGUUGCUGGCGGCCUCUGGAAUGGGAAGUGGCGGCAGUGCAGGAAAGGAUGCAGGGCCUCUUAAAGCUCUUUUGAAGCAGCAGACCCAAUCAGCACUGGAGCAAAGAGAAUACCCUUUCUUCACAUUGACCGUCUUCCCUCCUGGAUUUCUCCUUCAUGUGGGAGGCGUGGUCAGUGCGCGCUCAGUAAAGCUUCUGGAUCGAAUCCACAACCCAGCCUUGGGUAACACCAGAUCAUACAAACUGCUAGACUGGAAUAGUUUCACUGCAGACGAGCCGGAGACAAGGGAUGCGUGGUGGGAGGAGAUCCGUCAGGAAAUAAAGUCUCAUGCCAAAUCUCUUGGCUGCCACGCUGUGGUGGGCUACAGCGAGUCCACCAGCAUCUGUGAGGAGGUGUGUAUUCUGUCAGCGUCGGGCACCGCAGCAAUCCUCAGCUCCCGAUUCAUGCAGGACGGCCCUCUGGACACCGAACUCAGGUUGUCACAGCAACCGCUUUGUGUCUUUUCUACAGGGUCAGAGAGGGUCGAGGGGGAUAUGGGUAGUUCAGCCUCGCUAGGAUUUGAGGAGGUGGUGUCCCCUGGCUGUGGGUUUUGCCACAUACCGUACGAUGAGUUGAAUAUACCAUUUCCUGCUCAGCUUACCUAUUGCUACUGCUGUCGUCGCUACAAAGUGCCCGACGUCCUCUUCACAACAAUCGACCUGCCUACUGAAGCCAGCGUCACCGGGAAGGGCUGCCUGAUUCAGGCCAGGCUGUGCAGGAGUAAAAAGAAGGCCCAGGGAGAAGGGAACGCCACGGCCAUUAGUAAUCUUCUGCCAUUUCUAGAGUACGAGCUCCACACACAGCUGAUGAACAAAUUGAAGCUACGGGGCAUGAAUGCUUUAUUCGGGCUACGUAUCCAAAUCAGCGUGGGAGAGACCAUGCUUCUAGGAUUAGCGUCUGCAACAGGAGUUUAUCUGACAGCUUUACCCAGUCCGGGAGGAAUCCAGAUUGUGGGAAAAACUCCCAGUGACAUCACAUAUGAACAGCACAUCUCUAAUAUGCAGAAGAAAAUCAAUGACACCAUUACUAAAAACAAAGAACUGUAUGAAAUCAACUUUCCUGAGGUUGUCGAAGAGAUCAUUGGUUCGCCGAUCCCUGAGCCCCGUCAGAGGUUUCGUCUCUUUCGUUCUCACUCAGAGAGCUCAGAUGAUGUGUCAGAAAUAGACUUAUCCCAUGGGAAGAAGGAUGCCUUUGUGUUGGAGAUUGAUGACACGGAUGCUGUGGAGGAUAUACAUGCACUUCUGACUGAUUCCCCCACCCCAGCAGGAUUCUACAGCUGCAACACUGAAAUCAUGCCUGGGAUUCAGAACUGGACUUCAGCUAUACAGAUGUUUACCUCCGUGAGGGUCUUCCGCCUUAACGCCAACUUGACCAAUCAGGGACUGAAUAAGAUUUUCAGUGACCUCUGUGAGAACAUGCUUAAGAGCUUGUACUUCAAACUGCGGUCGAUGGUCCCAUGCUGUCUCUGUCACCUGAACUUCACAGUGGCCAUACCUGAAGAUGAGCUUAUUCAGGUGGCGGUGACAGCUGUGGCAUUGAGCUUUGACAAAGAGCAGACUUUGGAAAAUGGCAAACAAAGUGGGGAACAGACACUGAUAAAGGCCAUAACAGAAAAUGACGAGCAGCUUCAGUUCAAUCUGGAGCUCAAUGCUGAAACAUCUUCCAAUCCUCUCAGCUCCCCCAAAGGUCUGUCAGAGGUUGGCAGCCAUCCUUCAGCCAGAGCCCCCUCAGUUGAUUACAGUUCCUUUGCAGACAGAUGCAGCUCCUGGAUAGAGCAGCUUAAACUGAAAGCUCACACCAUAAGACGCGGAUCGGUUAAAACAACAUCAUCUAUGGAGAAGGCCAGCCCGCUGCCUGAAGGUCGCUCUCGUUCUCUUCGGUCAAAUCGUUCCUACUCGGGCAGUUCUGUCGCAGUGGUCAAAAUGACCCCGCUCUCCUUCAUUCCUGGAGCUAAGAUCAUCAAAUACCUUGGCAUCAUCAACAUGUUCUUCAUUAGAGAGACCUCCUCUCUCAGAGAGGAGGGAGGUGUAAGUGGGUUCCUGCAUACGUUUAUUGCUGAAGUAUUUGCGAUGGUUCGCGCCCACGUCGCUGCUCUCGGAGGAAAUGCUGUAGUCUCUUACAGCAUGAAGGAGUGUGUGUUCAUGGAGAACCCGAACAAGAAUCAGGCGCAGUGCCUAAUUAAUGUCAGUGGGGAUGCUGUUAUUUUUGUCCGAGAAUCUGAACUCGAGUCCACUUCGGUACAGCCACAGUCAGCCACAACACAGACCUCCAACGGCGGGGAAGGAACGUGAACACAUACACACACCGACAAAUUCUCAAGUAAACAAGUAUUAGCAUGAACCAUGCCAUUUGAAGCAGUUUCACGCUGAAUCUACCAACCAAAUCUCCAAAAAGAAGCAAAAAUCUAGACCUUAUUGGUUAGUUUUCCCAAGUGUCAUGUUUUAGACCCUUUAAAUGGCCAAUGUUUUGUUUUAUUUCAGAAUAUUUAAAAAUUCCUCCAUCGGAAGCCUUUCAGAAAGGAUGUCUGCCAUGUUUUUAUGUAUUGCCCAUUGUUGUUCACAUUCCAUUUUGUCCAAAUGUGAUGGAGGCAGCUACCAAAUUCAAAAGGUCUAAAAAAAUGCAUCUUUUGUGUUCGCAAAGAGUGUGUAAAUGCGUAAAUGACUCUCUAAAUGGCCAUGUUUUGUAUUUAAAUAAAGGUAUAAACUACUGAUGCAGUCACAUGGACAUCCAGUUCAUGAUUUUGAAUACUGGUUUCAAAUAAGACACUUCCUGUCAUCUCUUACUGAUCUCUUUAAAAUCAUGUCAUAUGCUGGAAACGUUUGUUUGCUUUCAUGUGCCACAAUGUAUGCUUUUAUUUAAACGUAAUGUUUGGGUCGGACUUCUGCAAGGCCGGUCCGAUUCUCUUGCAUGUGCAAUGCCAGUUAAUUAUAGGAAAAAGAAGAUAUUUUAGGGUGGAGUUGUCAUUCACCAUGUACUGACAUUUGAAUGUACAGAUGAUGGGUCUGGAUAUGAAGGUGGACGACUCUGCUAUUGUGUGGACUGACUUUUAAUGCUGUUAUUUUGUAUGUGUUUGCCUGAGGACAAAUCUAAAUUGCACAUUAAUAAGAUAUAAUUGAAUAAAACUAUUAUUGCUCUGA